AUGGCGCCCAAAAAAUGUUCCAGAUCAAUCUCGAUUUCCUCUCAAUCUUCGAUAUCAUCCAGUAGCGAAAGUAGCUCACUGAGUUCUUCCGAAGAUUCUCGUCCUCCUCCCCCAAGAAAGCAAGUCAAGAAACGUGUGCGCUCAAGCACCGACAAGGAGGCUUCAAAAUCAAAGAAAUCCAACAGAUCCAAGGCAAGCAAGGAAGAUCCUCACGAGGAGUACCUGGUAGCUGCGCAUGGCAUCGCACAUUGUGUCGACUUGUUUUGUAAGGUCGACAAGCUCAUCAAGACUGGCUGUCUACUUCAGCAAGAGGAAGCUGUGGAGAAGGGAGAGCUCGACGAAUCUGAGGCUGAGAAGGAGACUCGCAAGAGGAGACUCUCUACUAUGUCAUUAAAGACUCCUCCAAGCAUUCGAUCACUCAUUAACGAUCGCACCAAGGCCAGGGAACUGACUAAGGUCACUCAAAAGAUGAAUACAGUCAUUAGUGCGACACGAUCAGAUGAUGCAGCUCGUUUGAAGUCGCAGAUUGGACACUAUGUGGCGCCAAUUCCAUCCGAUGGUGGUUUAAGACCCGCUAUCUACAAUGGCAAUCCCUCCAGAUCGCAUUUGGAAUUUAACAGAGACCCAGCUGAGGGCCAGAAGAAACUUGCCAGUGGAGGAAUUCGCAUGACUGCAAACGACUUCCCUGCAUUCCUUUGGUCCAGGAACCCCCCUGGAUGUGACUACGACGAUGACGCUAUGACAGAAGGCCUCCUCCAGGGCUAUCUCAUUGAACAUGUAAUGCGACAUAUAUUUACGGGCCCAUCAACAGCUCUGGGUCAAGACUCACGGGCAACACGAACUUGUAAUGCUAUGCUACACGACGUGACAACUGUCGAAGCGGAGCAUAUUGCUUAUGCUUGUGUACAGGCACAUUUUGGAAUCAGCGCGCAGAAUAAAUGGUCGGACAUCGACGGCAACUUCAAAUACCCGGAGUUUUACCACAAUAUCAUCGACUUCAUUCGCGACUGUGGAGAUACAGAUUGGGUAGGGGAACUCAAGAAGUGGUGGAACAUGUCACUCUUCAAGAACGAGGCCGGCCAGGAAGGUGGAUCAGAAGCUCGGCCAUCUGCAGAUGAGUAUGGAAGGAGUUCCUCGGGUUCCGUGGAUAGCCUGGCGAGAAUGCGAGCACAGGUUGCGGCAUGCUCCACCACUACCAAAUCUUCUGCAGCUCCCGCAGUCCCUGAUCGUCCUCUACCGGCCCGUCCUGUUACUCCUCCUCCAAGCUCUCCGGCCCUAACUCAUGCUGAAUCUCCUCCUGCUCCACUUCCACCUGCCCCUGCCCCUGCCCCUACUGCCCCUGCCCCUACUGCUCCUGCCCCUGCCCAUUCUUCUCCUUCGAACUUCGCUUCCACCUCACGCAAGUCACCUGCGUUAAGCGAAUUAACGGAUAAUGAAGACGCACUCGAUGAUAUCAGCAAUGGAAAGUCGAAAUGUCCGCCUGCCAAGACUCAUUCGAAAGGGAAGGGUAAGAACAGGCGCAUCGAGGAUUCUGGAGACAAGGAAGCUCAGCGGCCGGCGAAACGACUCGUUUUCACUCAGUUCCCGCGCUUUCAUGCUUUCACGCGUUCAUCAUGGACUCGUACCUCCGACUCACACUCUCAUCGUCUUCCCGAUGCAUGCUUUUUAGGGACUUACACUACAUUGACUCGCGUUUUCGUACAUUACACUUACAUCCGGCCAUCUCAUCCAACCAUUUCACCCGACCCUCAUCCAACCCCCACAAAGGCCAAUCAAGCAUCCGCAACCUGCCUCUCCGGCAUGCUCCAACCAAGCAACCUCAUUGUGCCCCGUCACCCAGAGUAUGCAAGACCUGCAACAUUCGGUCAUGUGUUUCUCCUCAAGAUGGGUAACACAGUUGCCCUGUGGAUGCAGAAGGGCGGGAAUGGAGAGUAA